AUGCAGCGAUCAUACAGGUGCCCUUGCUCUGUGCGAGCUCUGGAGGCAUUCGUCAGAGAUGUCGCUGGCCUCGAAAUCCGCCAGAGACGAAACAACAUCAGCUUUAGGAACCUGAGCACACGGUCAGCACUACAGAUUCGACACUCGUCACCCCGAUUCCUUCCUUCUCAAGCGCAUAGUCUUGCUAGCUCUGUCGAUGAUGCUUUUGUUCCCUUUGAGACUGCGACCGACGAGAGUUCAUCGAACACGUCACAUUCGAACAAUAUUCAGGAAAAACCCGAGCCUUUCGAUCCGGAUCAAGAGCCUGGGAGCUUAGAAGACUUUGAGCCAGAAAUCACUAUACAUGAAGAGCAGGCGCAGACCACGGCCGACCCGAUCGUUAGAGAUGCGCGCAUACAGCAAUCAGACCUAAAAGAUCGAGAUCAAGCGAUCGAUGCUAUAUUCUUCCCAGACUUAAUAGCACAACCCGAGUCCAAGCCUAAUGUUUUAGAUUCGCUCAAUCAGAGACUCGGUAUUUUCUCUGCUCCAGUACCGAAACAGCAAUAUCCUGGCAAAAAUGCACGCAAGAAGGCAAGAAGAGCAGCGGAAGCAGGCGAGAUACAAACCAUUCCACCGACACAGACAACUCAGGAUUCAGAUACUACAAUUCUGUCAGAGGUGUCCCCUAAGGCUGUCGCAAAAGCGAAAGCAAAAGAAGACAGAAAGGCAAAAAGGGCAGCUCUAAGGCAAGAGGUUCAAGCGGCCAUCCUGGAACAAGCAGUCCAAGACCAAGAGGCCGCCGAUGUCGCCUCAUUGAUCGCAUCGGCGACACGACCUAAACCCAUUUCUCAAGCAAAAGCCGACAAGAUAGCUCUAGCAAUAAAAGCUAGAAAAGCGGAAGAAAAGGCGGCAAAAAAGGCCGCAGUCGAAAAACUCGUCCAAGAGCAAGCAGCAGCUAAACAAGCAAAAAAGGAGCGUAAUCGCAAUUCAGACCGCUGGAAAGUACAAAAGGCAGCCCUGGAAGAGAAAUUUGGAGAGCAGAGUUGGAACCCUAGAAAGCGGAUCUCUCCAGAUGCGUUGGCUGGUAUCAGAGCUAUGCACGCCAAGUCACCAGAGAUGUUUAGCACAGCUGUUUUGGCUGAGCACUUCAAGGUCACGCCAGAGGCUAUUCGAAGGAUCCUGAAGAGUAAAUGGCAGCCUACCGAGGAGGAGGCAGAAGAAAGGAGGGAAAGAUGGGAGAAAAGAGGCGAGAGGAAAUGGUCAGAGAUGGCCGAGCAAGGUCUCAAGCCUCCAAAGAAGUGGAGAGAAAGGGGUGUAGGAAAGGUUGGCCCAGGAGAAGUACCACCAUGGAAGCAACCUGGAAAGGCUGGCGAACGUUGGAUUCAAAGCACGGAUGCGGACAGGUUCGUUAUGGCUGGUGAGCAGAUGGCUGAGGAAGAGUACGACGAGUUCGAAGCAGAAGACAGCAUCGCAUCCAGGAUCCUCUAA